AUGUCGACAAAACAAUCCGGCAAACUCCAAGCGCUAGAGCAGACAGACGAUAACGAAGCCAGUUCAGAAGAGCCCAAAGAAUCGACGAAGGCAUGUGGAUUUGCUGCAUUGAUUGGCUCGGACACUGAUGAGAACUGUGACGAUGCUGGUGGUUAUGCCUGUGACAACAGCGCUGUAAAGCCCGAGCCAGCACAAGCAGUGGAGGUUUCAAGCAAGCAGCGCAAAGCAAAAAAGAAGAAGAAAAAAAAGAGGAAUAGCGAGAACAAGCAGAGUGACACUGACGAAGGCGAGGAAUCGGUACUGGAAGCAGCACUUGCCCAAGCUGCACAAUGCAGAAGCGCUAACUCCACCCACUUGGCAGAGGAAGGGAGUAGCUGCGUGUUGGCGCUGGCGAAGCCUUUCUUCAAUGCUGACCGGGAGCGUAGGCGUCUCUUCAAGGUAAAAACAACUCUUCUCAGUCCGGGCACCAAAGAACCUCGAAAGGGUAUCAAGCUCCGUGGGAUCAACGAGGGUCGCUUCUUGCACUAUCGGCGACUUUUCCUUGUUGAGCCAACCCCUGAUGAUGGUUGGCCCAGACCAGAUGGAUGUGCCAAGAUGGUGCCUGAUGAGUCUCAGUGCUUCCGAAUUGAAACAACACCUGAGCAUUCCAAAGUUUUGCUGGAGUUUGCAGCAUGCUCCAUGCUACAUGAUCCUCAAAUGAUUCAUAACUUCCUGAUGGAGUACCCGUUUUGUGUGGAAGGCCUUCUGGUCUAUUCUGAAAUCGCCCGGCAGAGUGGAGAGCACCAACAGGCUUUUCAAAUUCUGCGCCGUGCAGUCUAUGCCACAGAGUGCGGUUUCGAUGGUGCUUUUUCUCCUUUUCAGGAGACGCAGGUGCCGAUGCUGAGAGGAGAAGCUUGCUGCUCCAUCAGCUGGCCGCGGGUUCGUGUGCAGUUGGCUGAAGAUCCUUCAUGGCCAGGAUGGUCUUGGUUCACUACUUUGUGGGGAUACAUGUUGGCACUGGCAUCCCAAGGCCUGCCACGCACUGCUUUUGAAGUCUGCAAGUUGAUCCUAGCAAUGACACUGCCGAAUGAUCCGACGCACUCCCUCGUUCACUUGGACUACUUUGCCUUGCGAGCAGAAGAGUACGAUGUCUUGCUGGAAAUCUCAGAGAAGCUCAAUCCACCUUGUCCAUUGCCCAAUAACACCAUUGUGCGGCUGGACUUUUGCUUGCCAAACUUUGCCUACUCGGCAGCUUUGGCUCAUUACCUUCGUAGGUCCAUCAAGGAUGAAGAUGAAGCCGCCGCGUUGAGCACCAUCAGUGUGCAGGACUUAACGACUCCGCCGCAGAAGAUGUUGCUACAGCCAACUGAAGAUGGCCCAUCUCCGCCACACCUGGCCUUGAUGCGAGCGAUGCUGCUUUUCCCACGGACGUUGCGCUCAAUUUUAGAAACCCUAGGCAUUUCGCUGAAUGCCUCAGCUUCCGGAUCACCUUGCAAGCUGUCGUGGUCUGAGCUUCUGGACAGGAGCCCUUUGAAGGGAGAAACACAUAUUUUACACCAGCAGCACUUCCUGGCGCAUGCAUUAGUCUCCGACGCCUUUGUACAGCGAUGUGCUACAUUUUUCCGGAGUGAGAAGAUGCUGAGGUGGCUACAUGCUUGCACUGGUCGCCUCGUGCAGAUGUGUGAGUCCUCCCUUUUUGAGCAAGAGCUCAUGGCCGUCCGACGAUCCUGGAGUGAGGCACCGCUGGCAAUUGCCAGUGCAAUGGCCAACGACUACAAAGACUUUAGCGCUGCAGAAGUUGGAGCAGAGAGGAAAGCACCUAGAGUCCUUGAGGAAGCUAUCAAUAGCUUGAUGGGCAGUGGGCCUGUUGUUGUACAGGAGCCUGAGGAUGAGGAAGCACAGCUUCAACGGGCUCUCCGGGCCUCUCAAGCCGCUGAGGAUGCACAGGAGCGUCGCCGCCUGAUUGAGGAGCAAGACGAGGAGUUCCGCCAGAGCCUUGCAACAGAUGCCGCAAAGCACCGUAUCGAUGAUGCAUUGGCGCAGCUGGAAGCCAUGGGCUUCGACAAAGCUGCGGCCGAAGAGGCUUUGCACGAAACUGGUGAUCUUGAAGCUGCCAUAGAGCUCUUGGCGUGA